CUCCACACAGGCUGGCAUCGUCCCUCUCCUGAACCUGGGAAUACGAUCCAAGGCGGACAUGGACGCGGAUAAAUCUUCCUCUGACAAGUUGGUGCUCGAGUUUAAGGAAGACACCGAACUGACGGAGAUGAUGCGUCGUCGCGUCUCAUCCCUGCAGAAAACCGGCCAGAAGCGUCAGGACGGCGAGCGGCUGCUGCUCCCCCAUGAGGCCGUGCACCGCCUCGACUUCCCCCUCCAGGAGCUCAGCUUCUCCCGCUGGUACUUCUCCCUCUCGGGCCACGGCAGAGUCACCAUCACCGGCAUCUCCCAACACUGGACCCCGGACCUCACCAACCUGAUGACCCGCCAGCUCCUGGAACCGAUCGGGACGUUCUGGAGAAACGCCGAGGACCCGGAGGAUUCGCCGCUCAAGUGUCUGGAGGCCGACAUGCAGGAGUUCGGGGAAAGGAUCGCGGAGCUGGCGAAAGUGAGGAAGGUCAUGUAUUUCCUGUUCGCGUACAAGGACGGGUCCACAGCAGCAAACCUCGACUGCACCAUUGAGUUCAUACCGGAGAAGUAACGCUGCGGGUUCAGUUUUGGUAGAAAAUCUGUUUAGAUUUCAGCAUAAA